UGAAUAGAUUUGCCAGCUACGACCACCUGAUGGCAUUUUGGUCUUUGAUCGAGCCUUGUCUUUACAAGAUGGUCCGUGUAUCCAGAGCCAAAUCAGCUGCCCAGAAAAAUGAAGAAGUGGUCGCACCUGCACGUGCAUCAACGAGACAGCUGCUCCAGCCCAUAGAUGAACUCUUUCUUUUUCUGAACUAUCUUUCGGCUGGAUUGAAGGAGAGGGACCUGGCAAAUCGCUUUAGAAUUCACCAGUCCACAGUGAGCCGCAUCAUUGCCACAUGGACUUGUUUUCUGGCCACAGCACUAGGGUCUAUUUGUAUUUGGCUCACACCUGCAGAGGUACAGGCUUACCUCCCGGAGGAAUUCCGUGAUUACCCGGACACCCAGGUAAUUCUUGAUUGCACCGAGCUUAGAUGCCAAACCCCAUCCUCACCCCUCCUUCAAAGUGAGAUGUACUCUACGUACAAAUCCCACUGCACCAUGAAAGGCUUGGUUGGCAUAGCCCCACAUGGUGCAGUGACAUUCAUUUCCGGAUUGUAUGGUGGUUCAGUUAGCGACAAGGAAAUGUUCAAACAGUCAGGAAUCGCUGAGUUGCUGACAGAAAACAUGGCAGUUAUGGUCGAUAAAGGCUUCGUAAUCAGUGAUUGCUGCAAAAGCAAAGUUUACUGCCCACCCUUUCUGUCAAAAAACAAACAGAUGCCAGCAUGCCAGGUGAAGGAGACACAGGCCAUAGCCAGAUUGCGGGUGCACGUAGAGCGUGUCAUUCGGAGGAUAAAGGAGAACCGGCUUUUUGACGGCACCAUCACCCUGUCACAUGCGUACAAUAUCAAUGAAAUAUUUGCAGUUGCCUGUCUGCUGUCAAAUUACCAAAACAAGGCACUCGUCAAAAAAUGGGUUAAGUGAUUAAAUAAAGACAAUAUUAUUGCC